UGUCUACUAAUGUCCAACAGGAGGCGCCACCAGGCCAAAAACAGCAGCAUGAAAUCAGUUUUUUCUGAACGAACAGUGAACGAACUGUUCAGUGUGUGGAUGUGCUGCAGGUUACCUUAAACCUGUGUGGGUUUUUUAAUGGAGUCUGGUGUGAAGGCAGGUCAUUGAUUAAACCGCUGCUGAAGGCCAUCCAACCAAACUCCAUUCAAAAUGUAAAGGUUUACUUUUCCUGUGACACGUGAGCAGAAAAGCAUGCAGAGUGAGUAUUAAAGAUUUUUAGGUGUUGACCGCUCUCACUAUGAACAGCUGUGUCCUCACCUGAUGAGCAGAGUCUGCUGAAACGUCUAAAUAUGAGACCGAGUGCAGCCAAUCAGACUCUGUUGUGUCUGUUAGCCUUUCAUGAAAACUUUACAGAACUGCAUUGUUGCAGAGUUAUGUUUUUUCUUUACUACAGUGAAUGUAAAUUAAUUGAUUUCCAACCAAAAAGUUCUGAAUCACACUUUUAAUUUUCAAAUUCUAAAACCCUGACAUUUCUUCGGUGCUCCAUCUCGACUCUUGUGCAGUGUCAGAGAGCAGAAACUGAACCAAAGACAUGCAGGUUACAAAUUUCAGGUUAAGGUUUCUGUAACUGUACUGGAGCAUGAAUAAAUCAGAGGUUUCUUUUUCUUCAGUUUAAUGUAACUCAGACCGGUGCAGCAAAUCUGCAUCACGCAGGGAAGCAGAGCCAGCGAUGCCAUUGACUUCAAACGCCUUUCAGUCAGAAAUGUGGGAAUUCAUAACAUCCUGUCUGCAGGAAACCUCACAGCAAUGCUGUUGUUUCCACUCAGCCAAUCACUGCUUCCCUCUGCUUGGAGGGGGGCGCUAACUGGGCCUGACUGUAGAGACUCUCUCUGGGAGCUGUGAUGUCUGAGCAGGCCCCCCUCCUGACAGCAGCGAGGUAAAGCCCAGGACCCUCUGAGAGCCACAACAUCACCAUCAUGGACCUUAGCAUCAGUGUCUUGGAGCUGCUGGGGGUCCUGUUCUCGGGAGGGGGCUUGCUCUGCUCUCUGGCCACCACCCUGAUGUCCACAUGGCGCAUACAGACCACCAACCUGCUCUCCACAGAGAACAUUGAGUGGGGGCUCUGGGAGACCUGCGUGAUCCGGGAAAUGCUGGAGUGUAAGCCCUAUGACACCCUCCUGGGCCUGUCAUCGGACAUCAAGCUGGCCCGGAUCUUUAUGUGCACAGCGCUGGGGGUGGGGAUACUGGGACUGUUGUUGGCCAUCCCCGGCCUCCGCCUGGUGAACGGCUGCAGCCGCCGUCAACUGGAAGACCUGAGCUGUAAGAGGGCCCUGAAGGCGACAGCUGGGGUAUUGUGCCUGAUAGCUGGGAUUCUUGUCCUCAUCCCAGUGUCCUACAUCGCCCACACGACGGUCGAGCAGUUCUUUGAUGAGUCGUUGCCGGAGUUGGCCCCUCGCUGGGAGCUUGGCGACGCUCUGUUCUGUGGCUGGACGGGCGGCCUCUUCUACCUGGUGGCGGGAACGCUGCUGCUGAUUUCCUGUCUUCAGCUGCAGAAGCUGGACAGUAACAGACCUGUCCACGUCUCUCUGGUCCCAGUGAAGCCAGAACCCCAUUUUGUCAGGACCAAGUCUGAGUACGUCUGAGACCGCCUUCCAUCAGGGAUGCUGCAAGUCUCCUUUGACUUUUUCUGUAUCUAAAAUUAAAUGUUGGACAAACCUCACUUCAAAUCUUCUAGAACCCCCUGACUGUCAUGACCGGAGACCUUCCAGCAGGAACGCCUCAAGUCUCUGUGAUGAUGUUAUACCUUCUAGAUCAGGAAGUCUAAAAUCUCAGAUUGUCUGGACUAACCAAACUUUAUCCCACCAACAUUCAGGACCACAUGUGAGGACACCUCCCAGCAGCGAGGACGCAGGUGUGAGGUUUCUCCUCGAAUUCGACACAGUGAGAUCAGAUCUGGAGGUUUCAGUCUAAACAGCUAAUAAAACAGAUGUUUGAAGCCUCUUAAAGUUUAACAUUUUCUGGCUCACACACCAAAUGUGGCACAAACGGCUUAAAUUUCUCUUCUUAAUCUGUCAGGAUGAAUUGGGGGGAAAUUAAAAUGAAGCUUCAGGUUAAAUCAGAGUUCAAACAUUUUUCUUUCUUUUCUGUUGAGCUGCAAAGUCCAAACGUAACAUCUGAGAGUUCCUGCUUUUUAGCUGCCUCUGAGUUAACUGAAGAGUCAGAGAGAGCAUAAACCGCCUCCCUUUGUCCUGCUUUAACUGCACUACAAUAAUGUGAAUGCAAACAUGUGAGUGUGUUUCUGCAUUUGGAUGUUUUGGCGCAGCAGAAACACAACGAGGAAUAUUUUAGCAUCAUUCCCAGAUGUGUUGGAUUUAUUCCCUUUGUUUCAAUCAGUGAGACGUCUGCGUUUGUUUUCCUGGAGCCAAAGAGACGAAAGCUGCUGCUUCACUCAUGUCAGUCCCACACGGUUUAUUAUCAAUCUAAAAAUGGAAGUUAUUGUUUUCAUUUGGAGACACGUGAAGACAAACUGUUGUUUCCGUGAGAGCGAGGCAGAUAAUUGAUUCAUUGAUUAUAGAAUAUAAAUAUAUCAUUUAUCCUUAAACAUGAAGGUAUUUGUGUUUUAAAGCUGCUGAACAUGAUUUUAAUCAGUUUUGUUCAAUCAGAUGAAUGAUUUGUAAAGAUAAUUGAAUAUGUGGAUGUGAGCAGCAGAUGAGUGUAAAUACUGAAUAAAGACUGAAAAAUGU